CUUCCGGCGGAAGUAGGCGGAGGUCGGUCGGGCGGGCAUGGCGGCGGCGAAGGAGGAAGCGGCGGCGGCGGUGGAGGAGCGCGUACGGGUUUGGGCGGCGGCUCAGGUGGCGAGCGGGCGGCGGGUGGCGCUGGUGACGUCUGGCGGCACGCAGGUGCCGUUGGAGGCCAGAGCCGUGCGCUUCUUGGAGAACUUCAGCAGCGGGCGGCGCGGCGCGGUGUCGGCCGAGCGCUUAGUGAGCGCCGGGUAUGGUGUGUGCUUCCUGCACCGCGCCCGUUCCGCCUUCCCCUGGGCCCGAGUGCUGCCGCCGCCCGGCCCCGCGCUGCUGGACGCGCUGUGCAUCACCCCGGGGCCGCCCCCCGCUGUGGCCGCCUCCCCCGGCGCUCUGCCCGCUCUGCUGCCCGCACUCCGCGCCUACCGACAGGCCGCGGAAACCAACGCGCUGCUGUCCAUCGAGUUCACCGAGCUGAACGAGUACCUGGCGCUGCUCCGAGCCACCGCCCGAGCCCUGGCACCGUUCGGCUCCGGUGUCAUGUUUUAUCUGGCGGCUGCCGUGUCUGAUUUCUACAUCCCUGCCUCGGAGAUGCCUGAACACAAGAUCCAGUCCUCAGAAGGAGCCCUGCAGAUCACCAUGAGGAUGGUGCCGAAAAUGCUGUCUCCUCUCGUCAAAGAAUGGGCUCCGGAGGCUUUUGUUAUCUCCUUUAAACUGGAGACGGAUCCCUUGAUCUUGAUUGAAAAAUCCCGUCAGGCUUUGGAGAAAUAUCGGCACCAGGUGGUGGUAGCAAAUAUCCUGGAGUCCCGGAGAACCUCUGUUAUCAUUGUAACCAAAGACUCGCAGACUCCAUUAUCUCUUUCUGAGGAGGAAAUAGCACAAGGCGUGGAAAUAGAAGAGAAAAUAGUGAGUUACCUUCAGGGCCAACACACCUUAUUUAUGGACAAGAAACUCUGAUGAGCAGCUGAAUGAAACAGAUGGAACUGGAUGAGAGCAGAACUGGAGCAACUCUCCAUCCCAGGUGAAUAGAGUCAGAAUCAGUGCAACCCUAUGGAGAAAGGGUCCAGAGCUCUGCCCUGAUUGCUAAUAGUUACUAUAGAUGUGCAAGCAUUCCAAAGGAUGGUGGUUAUUCUUGUAAAGGUUGUGUUGUAUGGAGGAGAAAUGGGACGUAUAAAGUGUUUUCUUCAACCUG